AUGAAGCGAGCAGAGGCUCUUUUCAAGCAGGCAGAAACGGAUCAGACUUGGGAAGCCUUUGACAGAGCUCUUCAAAACAUCGCUUUGUGGGCUGAGCAAGAUCGCGUGCAUGAAUACGCCGGCUUUGUGGAUCAUAUGAAAGCACUUCAGCGACCCAUUAUCAGAGCUAUGACAACCGAUCGAACCCGAUUAUCGGGUACAGCUAUUGAUUUGCUCAAGAAACUGUCCAGUGCGAUGGAAGGAGACUAUGAAAAGAUCCAUGACCUGUUUGCUCCCACCUUACUGCGUCUUUUCGCUCGCACCAACAAAGUGACCAAUAUGCGAUCAUUGGAAUGUUACAAAGCCGUGAUUGAAAAUUCCAAAAUUCCAAAAUCGAUUCCCCGUCUUUGCGACAGUCUCCUCCGUAAGGAUCCCAACAAAUCCGUUCGAAAAUGUGUCAACGAGUGCCUGGCCAAACUCCUCCAGGUCAACGCUCCACGCGACGUCCAACGUUACGCCAAAAAUAUUGAAAGCGCUCUCAUGACCGCCGCUGUCGAUCCCGCUGCCGAAGUACGAAAUGCAGCACGGCUAUUCUACGCAAGCUUUUGUGAAAAGUUACCGCAACGAUCUGCGACCUUUAACGCCAAACUUCCCGCCGACGUACGCAAAUCGCUCGCC